UCGGCAGGCUAAGCAGAGCUCCCCGGCUGUGGGUUAAUGGAGUAACAGCCUAAGGGGGUAAUUGGGCAACACCUGCAGACAUCACAUGGCUGGAAAGAGGCAGAGUUUGAGAACAUAUAAGCCCAGGCUGUAGCUAACAGGCACACACUCUCUCUCUGGCAACUGCUAGGAAAGGAGCUCCUGCAUGAGGAAGCUACCUGAGAUCUGGUGCUGCCUGCUUUACAACCCAAGUGCUGCAAGACUCCAGGGAGUCUCCCAGGUAUGGAAUAUCAAACAGAUGAUUAAAUUGACACAAGAACACAUAGAGGCGCUGCUAGACAAGUUUGGAGGAGAGCAUAACCCACCAUCGAUAUACCUAGAGGCCUAUGAAGAAUACACCAGCAAGCUAGAUGCUCUACAGCAGAGAGAACAGCAGUUGUUGGAAUCUAUGGGGAAUGGAACUGAUUUCUCUGUCUCCAGCUCUGCUUCAACAGACACAGUUACUUCUUCCUCCUCUAGCCUCUCUGUAGCACCUUCAUCCCUUUCAGUUUAUCAGAACCCCACAGAUAUGUCAAGGAAUAACCCUAAGUCUCCCCAGAAACCUAUCGUUAGAGUCUUCCUGCCCAACAAACAGAGGACAGUGGUUCCAGCAAGAUGUGGGGUGACUGUCCGGGAUACUCUAAAGAAAGCUCUGAUGAUGAGAGGUCUUAUCCCAGAGUGCUGUGCUGUUUACAGAAUACAAGAUGGAGAGAAGAAGCCAAUUGGCUGGGACACUGACAUUUCCUGGCUCACAGGAGAGGAGUUGCACGUGGAAGUCUUGGAGAAUGUGCCGCUUACCACACACAAUUUUGUACGAAAGACAUUUUUCACUUUAGCGUUCUGUGACUUCUGUCGAAAACUGCUUUUCCAGGGAUUCCGAUGCCAGACUUGUGGUUAUAAAUUUCACCAGCGCUGUAGUACAGAGGUCCCACUGAUGUGUGUUAAUUAUGACCAGCUUGAUUUGCUGUUUGUCUCCAAGUUCUUUGAACACCAUCCAAUAUCACACGAGGAGGCCUCAUUAGGAGACACCAACCAAGCAUCUGGAUCGUACCCCUCUGUGCCCCCCUCAGAUUCUGUUGGACCACCAAUUCUCCCUAGUCCUUCUCCUUCAAAAUCCAUUCCAAUCCCACAGCCCUUCCGACCAGCAGAAGAAGAUCAUCGGAAUCAGUUUGGGCAACGGGACCGCUCUUCUUCAGCACCCAAUGUGCACAUCAAUACAAUAGAGCCUGUCAAUAUAGAUGACUUGAUUAGAGACCAGGGGUUACGAGGAGAGGGAGGUUCAACCACGGGCUUGUCUGCCACACCUCCUGCCUCAUUGCCUGGGUCCCUCACCAGUGUGAAAGCAUUACAGAAGUCCCCAGGUCCACAGAGAGAAAGGAAGUCAUCCUCAUCUUCAGAAGAUAGGAAUAGAAUGAAAACCCUUGGUCGACGGGACUCAAGUGACGAUUGGGAGAUACCAGAUGGACAGAUUACAGUUGGGCAAAGGAUAGGGUCUGGAUCAUUUGGAACAGUCUACAAGGGAAAAUGGCAUGGUGAUGUGGCAGUAAAAAUGUUGAAUGUUACAGCACCCACACCUCAGCAGUUACAGGCCUUCAAAAAUGAAGUAGGAGUGCUCAGGAAAACAAGACAUGUGAAUAUCCUGCUCUUCAUGGGUUAUUCAACAAAGCCACAGCUGGCUAUUGUCACACAGUGGUGCGAAGGUUCCAGCUUGUAUCACCAUCUACACAUCAUUGAGACCAAAUUUGAGAUGAUCAAACUCAUUGAUAUUGCACGGCAAACUGCACAAGGCAUGGAUUACUUGCAUGCCAAGUCAAUCAUCCACAGAGACCUCAAGAGUAAUAAUAUAUUUCUUCAUGAAGACCUCACAGUAAAAAUAGGUGAUUUUGGUCUAGCCACAGUGAAAUCACGAUGGAGUGGGUCCCAUCAAUUUGAACAGUUGUCUGGAUCUAUUCUCUGGAUGGCACCAGAAGUAAUUAGGAUGCAAGAUAAAAACCCAUAUAGCUUUCAGUCGGAUGUAUAUGCAUUUGGGAUUGUUCUUUAUGAACUGAUGACUGGGCAGUUACCGUACUCGAACAUCAACAACAGGGACCAGAUCAUUUUUAUGGUGGGACGAGGAUAUCUGUCUCCAGAUCUCAGUAAAGUUAGAAGUAAUUGUCCAAAAGCCAUGAAGAGGCUAAUGGCAGAGUGCUUGAAAAAGAAGAGAGAUGAGCGACCCCUUUUUCCUCAGAUACUUGCCUCCAUUGAGCUUCUGGCCCGGUCAUUGCCAAAAAUUCACCGCAGUGCAUCUGAGCCCUCGUUAAACCGGGCUGGUUUCCAGACGGAGGAUUUUAGUCUGUAUGCUUGUGCUUCUCCAAAAACACCCAUCCAAGCAGGGGGAUACGGAGAAUUUGCAGCGUUCAAGUAGCCACAGCACCAUGGCAGCACCCACUCUGUUACUUAAGUCUUGUGUUCCUACUGUUUCUUAACAUCAGAACUCUAUUCUGCUCCUCAAAACCUAAAGCAAUUGAGAAAAGAUAUCCAUAAGCUUGGAGUGGAGCAGAAUGGAUCUGCCAGUCCAACACAAGGGGGGAAGAUCUUUUUAGGAACCAGAAUUCUCUGCUGCCAUUUUUUCUCCUUCAAUACAAAAGACCACGUGCAUUUGGAGACCUGCAGUGGCUGCCUGUACUGUUGGCAUCAUUCCCAGGAGAGUGGAGAGGGCACACAUGUUUUGACUUUGGUGCUCAGGCAUAAGGGAUGGAACUGCUGCUUUGGAUGGUCUGCUGGUCAGCUUUCUCCCUCUAAAAAUGAAUCAUCAGAGGCAGAACAUCUGAUGAGAGUGCUAAUCAAAAGAAUCAUUCUCCGUUCUGAUUUUUUUCCUGGUAUGCUUUACUGAUUUAUGGGACAAAAUGCAGUAUCCCCUUUUCAUGUUACCCAAACAUCAGACAUUUCAACUGGUCUAAAUUCUUUACUUUUAUCCCAGUCAAAUUGGAUAUUAUGAGUGGUGGGUAGUAGCCUGGGGAAGAGGUUAAUCUGAAGGAAAAGGGGAUGCUGCUGCAUCUUUUUUUCAGAUUUACUUUAUAACCUAUUUCAACUCCCACACCCUUCCCAUUUCCAGUAACUGUCAUCUUUCAGAAGGAUUAGAAAGCUCCUCCUCUCGUAGGUCCAGCAACAAACUCAAGUUAACAAAAACUGUAGCAACUUUUCCUCUUAUUUUUUGGGGGGGGGGCUUGUAUCAUCUGAUACACUGUAUCCAUCAGAGAUGCUACCGCAUCCAGCAUCUGUAGAACUGUGACAGACUAUGAAUGGUGUAUGUACCUAUUUUAAAAGUUUUAUUUUAAAUGAGGGUGCAGGUUAAUGCCAGGUACCUUACCAAUACAUAAUAUUUUCAUAAACAUGAAAAACAAAACUUUCUCAGGUUGAAUUGAAUGGAAAUAUUACGAAAACAAACAAACAAAAAAACAAAACAACCCCCCAAACCCUAGAAUGAGACAUUCCAAAAAUCUGUGUUUUUGGUACUUUUAGAGAGCUUGUUUUUAAAGGAUUUUUAUUUUUAUCCUAAUUUUACUCGGUGUCCUCUGGUAAAUGUGUGUACAGACGUGGAACAUCUUGUCUCAGUGGCAAGAUGUUAGAUUUGAAAAACAAAAAAUAACAACGGUACUUGCUGGAUCCACACUGACCUCUUCUCUGUUCAUUGUUUUCUUCCCUUUUAAUACCCUUUCCUCCAUUUUCCCUUUCCUGCAGUUUGCAAACUAAAAUAAAGGUGGCGGUAUCUACUUUAAAUUUCCUUGUUUUCCUGUCCUCCAAACCUGGUAUCUAAAUUGUUGGUAGCUUUUUAACAAGUUACCUAGUCAGGGAAAAAAAAUAAAGUUCAGCACAUUGUUUACCUCUAGUAGACUAUUUUGUGAUGUGAUCUCUGAUAUAUGUGGUAUUGAACGUAAACUAUUUGUACUGAGGCAAGUCAAGCCAAUUAGAAAGAAAUACAGACUCAUGCAGAAGUCUUCUAGUUUGAGGCUUAUCCCACUCUUGAGGCAGGAGAACUGACCCCAUUAAUUGGCAGCUUUUCCCUUUUGUGAAUAAAAUCAUGAUGCUUCAAUGAAGGAGUUAGAUGUAUAUAAAUGUAAUGUUCCCACUAACUACAUGUGUAUUGGUUGAAGAUGCUGCUUCUUCCUUAACUAGGAGAGUUAGUAGGGCCUUUCCUAUGUACAGAAGAGAGUUCCUGGACGUAGGGAAGAAUACAUAUCAGUUAUGGAGUAUGGUUUUAAAACCAUGGAAUGUUAUGGUUUUACAGACGGUCUAUUACACUUAUCAAUAAAUAUUUACUGGGGUUAAGGGGACCUGAUUAAUCUGAAGUGGGAAAAUAUAACUGAAAUACUGUGUAUUCAUAUUAAUUCCACAAACAUUAGCAACAGCAAUAGUGAGUGACUUUAAGUCACUAUGAGAAUGAUACAAUUCAUGUUGGUACAUGAAUAGAAUUCAUGUGUACAGGAUGCAUUUGAAAAACAAAAAAGCACAAUUUUCUUCUUCUCUGCUGUGGGUCUUUAGAUGCUGUUAGAUUUUACUUCCUUCCUGAGGUUAAUACAAAUUGAAAUGUGUGGUAGUAGUGUCUACUUUCCAGUGUGGCGAGCAGCGGGGCAUAGUCCAAUGAAAUCAUAAUGCAUUCUUUUAGCACAGUAUCGGAACACAAUAUUGUCUGCGGCAGUGGAGAACCAAGGUGGAAGGAGGCUAGGAACAGAGUUGUCAGAACACAGUUGAGAAGUUUAGCAAACAUGAACAUCAAGACGAUGAAAAUACUGCUGCUCAGUGUUUGGGUUUUUUUCUUCCCCCUCAUUCUUCUGCAUUUUUAUGGGCUGUGAGACAGAGUUUGUAAAUGUAGGGCAUGCCAGAAAUUACCUGUGUUCUUGAAAGAAGAUCUAGCUAGAGCAAGUAUGUUGUUGGUCAUUUAAAAAAUGGUCAUUUCAGAGUACUUGUUAAAUAUGCUAGUUUCCCUUUCACAGUUUCAUGCUAGCGACAACGUACUUCUGCUAAAAUAUAGCAGUAAAGAAUUCUUUUGUGUCCUUGUUUGAAAUGAAUUUAUUUUGCAAUGUUUUCAUUACCCAUCAGCCUACAGUAUGCUUCUUGAACCCAUAGGAAAAGCACAAGGAAAGUUGCUAUCCUUGUCUUGCAAAGCACUUUAGAAGUAGCACAUGAGAGAGGUUGGGGUGUUUUUUAAUGACUUUCUCCUGAGCAACGUGCAAACUGUUUAGCUGCUGUUUAGAGGAAUCCUUUGAGGAUGCAUUUCCAUUACCUUUUCUUUUCCUUCAUAUAUUUGUAAUACUUCGUGUUUGUCCAUCUGUAUUAAGAUCAGCUUAAUCCUCAUGCAGAACAUUCCAGGGAACUUGGUUUGUAAAUAAUUGCAUUUUUUUCUGUUCCUUCAGAAAUCACUAAGACUGUUGUGCAUGAAAACAGGAUAAGUCUUAAAAGGUGCCCUUCAAAUGUAUAGUAAACAGCGGGAGAGGAAGAGAUGUGAAUUGAAAGCCCCAAAUAGCAGCCAGGGGGCAAGAAAUAGCAAACUUAAAAAUAAGUAAAUAAACUGAGGUCCCUUGGCUAACAUCAGGCAGCUUUCAGCUCCUCUCUGAUGUUCCAGUUUGAUGCACUAGGAUAUAAUGUGCAUGCCAUGGUUUGGAAGAUUUAUUAAAUAUUUUGUAACUGUGAAAUUACCUGUACACUUACAAGCACACUGCUUUCAGCUCUGUAAUAUCUGAGCAUACAGUUAAACCUUUUCUAGAGCCACUAUUGGGAGCACCUGUAGUCCCACUCCAAGAUUUGGUGGAGUCAAUGUCCUGUCCCCUGUUCCUCCCUCCACCCCCAGCACAUGCGGGGACCUGGAAAGAGAGAAGACCUGUCACAUGAUCUAUCCCAUGUCCCUUUUGGUGAAAGAUUUUUUUUUUCUCUGUACUAUAUUUCUCUGGAGCUGGAGCACCAUGGCAAUAGUAAUGCCAAGCAGUGUGAACACAGACUUUUAAGCAUGCUUCAGCAUUAACUAAGUGCUGACUGGCUCUAGGUUGAGCCUGGUUCUGCUGCUCUUAUUUUUCAUGAAGCUGUUGCAGGUCUUUUACAUAAUCUGCUUCUGCUUAUCUAUUUCUUACCUGAAAUCAUAUAUAAAAUACCCUGACAGUUACUGGUAUUUUGAACUAAAUUCUGCCACUGCCAUUGUACCAUGACUUCCACUGAAGUCAGUAACAGCUGCUGUUUGCACAUUAUAAGAUAAAAUUUGGCCUGUUAUGACAUGAAAUGAAUAAACAGUAGGAGGGUGUGACCUGUUAAAGAUCAUGCCUUUACACAGAUCCCUCAGAAGGAAAAUGCACUGAAGAUCAUACACAAAUAUGCUUUUGUAUUUGUAUUGGUCUGAAAAUGUAUGGAUUGUUUUACAGAACACUUGGAUGACAAGGAGCCCUCUCUUUACUCAAAGGCCCCUAAAACCUUGGGCUUGAAGAGCUACUGAUGCUCUGCACAGAUAUUAAAGAUGUCAGUGGAGGGUUGAAUUAGUGAGCAAACAUUUUGCACCUUUCCAGCUUAUAGGUUUCUGUGGAGUAUUUCCUCCUUGACUGUGAGAGCAGUUUCUGUAGCACAAACUAUUCAGAGUACUGUAGGCAAGUGUGUUUCCGUCCAUUGAAAAAAUACCAGGAUGUAAUAUUACAGUCUAACUUUUUAGGUACCUACAAAGUGCAGAUGAAGAUGAAUUGUGUGAAUGAACAUGAUGAAGUGGCAUCACUUCAAAAAUGCUAAUGGCUUUGCUUUUUUUGUUUGUUUGUUAUACAUUCUAGUUUAUCAGAGGUGUUUUAUUUACUACACUUUAUUAGUUGCAUGGGUUUACUAAGUCUGUUUGCUUUGGCGCACAGAUUAAAAAUAGCCUUCUUUGUUGCUUUAGUUCUCACCUGGCAAGUUAACUCAUUGCAGGCAGGAGCAGAUGCAGUUGAGGUAAACCCAUUUUGUUUGCAUUUAAGUUUCAAAGAUGCAAAUAUAGAAGCUAGUAAGUGAGCACCAUGAGCAGUACAAAACAGUAGUAGUAGUUAUAAAGGGGGUGUGUACAAUUUCUGAAAGAGCCAGAUGGAGAAACUGGUGCGAGUAAACUGAGGAAGUGAAAGGUAGCACAUACUUUCCAUAUGAAGGGAAGAUGCCAAUAAACCCUAUUAAAUGGUAGAUAUGAGGCUACCCAAAACAUUACGUUUGCAGGUUGCCAAAUGAUAGUGUGCCUUUCUGACUUAAGAAUGCAAUGAAAUACAUAACCGGGUGCUUUGUAACUGGAGCAGUGACUUUGGUUUAAUUCCAGUGCAGUAGUUUUGUAUGCACCUAAGCAAAAGUUGUAGUUUGUAAACUUAACUAAAGUGGGGGAGGGUGGUAGAAGAUGGUUCAUAGAAAUGCCUGGUGUUUGAUUCAAAAAUAAAGUUUGUAGAAUACAUGAUUGUCUUUGAGUAAAUCUGCAACUUGCAGCUACUCUGAAAGUAAAAUGUGUGUUUUGUUUUGUUUUUUACAAUGGUCCUUCCAAGGACCAAACAGCUUAUUAAUGUAAUAUAAAGUUCUAAGGAGAGCUAAAAGCAGUAAACAUCCACAGCACCUUUGAAAGAGGCAGUGCAUGAGAUGUGAGAUCUAGAUUAGGAGAAGGUUGAAUUUGUAUAAGCAGUUGUGCUGUGUACAUCACAGUGUACAACUAAUUUCCAGGUCUGGGGGAUAGUUGUCUUAUGAAAUACCAGCACACAUCUUGGGUUCUUCCUCAGACCUCUUGUUGAGUUGUUAAAUUUCUCCAUCAGCUACUGUUUAAAUGAUCCUAUAUUCUGUAAUUUCACAUUUGCCUAGGAAAAUCUUGGGUGUGUUGUUGGGGGAAGAGAGAGGUUUGAAUUAGAUGUAUUUUGUUCAGUUUUCAAACUGCUGUGUAGGCUCCUGGCAGUACAUAUAUACUAGUGUCAUUUUUCAUGUUGGUGUGUAAGGAAAAGAGAAUGGUCUUUGUUCUUAAACAUUUUUCAAAGUUUCUUCUCUGCCUUUUUUUGAUGGAAAAACUUUUGGAUGUGCUUCUGUUACACAGACACAUGCAAUUUUAAAUGCACAGUUGAUACAAAAUGACAGUCUGGUUUAAAACCCCAUUUUAGUUUCCUUUACAGAUCAGGGUGUAAUUUUUUUAACGUUUUACUUAAAAGUUCAAGAAGUAUCUGGAAUACUUUUUCCUUCCCAACCUCUGCACUAAAAGAACUCUUAAGAAAAUAGCAUCUUUCCUACUUAAAAACAAAUACCAACAACCCCCCGCCCCUUUGUAAUUUUAUUAAAGGGAGUAGGCAGGUGGGAAUACUUGUGGACUUCUUUAAACUACCUAUGCAUUAGGUUUAUAUUGUCAAAGCAGCAGUAUAUUCAGCCCAUCCUCACUCAGUUGCAACCUACGUAAUACUGCCCAGUCAUUUUGUUUGGCUACCUACAUCAGCUGUAGUUGAGAAUAAUCCUGUGCAACUUAUUUCUGAGUUAGUAAAAUACAAAGCAGAAGAAUGUGUACCAUAUUCGUUUGGUUUUUAAAUAAUGGUUGGUUUUAUUUUGACAACUGUCAUUCUGUGUUGCAUCUGUGUGUUCACUCUGUUUGAACCCAGUUUAUUUGUUUUGUGUGUUUGGGAAUACAGUAGAACAUGAGGACAUAAUGACAAGCAAUGAAGCUCACCGUCUGUGGGUGCAGAUGAUGAGGCUUGAGGGGCAAAAUGGACCAAACUUGGGUGGAGGGUUAUUCUGGGAUGGUGGGGGGUUGUGAGGUUGGGGGUAUAAUUUAAAUAACUUUGUCUAAAUCUAAAAAAAGUAUAUAAGUGCAAUAAAUGUGCUUUUUAUUCAAAGCUGUGAACUGUUUAAACAAGACAUGCACAUUGUUCCUUCCUGAGCCUUGUGUUCCACCCUACCCCCUUUUUCCUCACAGGACUAAAACCUGACAGUGGCCAACUUGCAUAUAUUGCCUUAUGUCUGCCUGAUUUAAUUUGUGCUCAUCUAAAUUUAUGUAUAUUUGUAAGACCUAAAGAAAGUCUUGCAUUUAGAAAGCUUGUCUAACUUUAUCCCAACCACAGUUGGUUCAAUAAAAGAUACCAGCUUAAAAAGUCCUUGCCUAUCUAAAUAUGUCUUUAAAAAACAAUAAAAUCUCUCUCAGCAGGACUUGAGGCAAAACCUGCCCUUCCUUCUGUAAUCCUGGGAACUCUGUUGGAGCAGACUCCAAAAAAAAACCCUGGCAAUGAGCAAGAGAGGUAGGAGAGUCUGUUGCAUGGGUUCUCCUAUAGUACAGAGCUACUCCAGCCAUUGGGCUAAAACAGCUGAACUAGAAUAGUAAGAUUCUUCCUCCUACCUUCCUAUGCAUAUAAUUGGCACUGUGUCUAGCUCUGGGCUCCUGUAUGGGGCAGAGGGGUCCCUGUCCCUACCCUCCAUAAAAAACUGAAGAUUGCCAUCAGCUUCCUGCUGGGUCCUCUGUUCCUUGGGUCAAAACGCACAUGCAGGCUGGCCACUGCUUUCUUGUAGUCCUCCAUCUCGUUUUGAAGGAAUUUAGGUAUAAGUGUUUGUAAUCUCUUGUGCGUUUAGUUGCACAGUCUGUCCUUUCCUCACUCAAGCAUGCUGCUUUUCCUAGGUUAGGAAAGGUGCAAAGUCUUUUAUCCACAAAGGAUUCAGAAUCAAUGUUUCAUUAAGUUUGUGAAAGUGGAGCAUGCAGUAAUUGGACCCCCUGGGGAAAAGUAAGAUGGCUGGCUUGCUUAAACACAGCAGAGGAGGAGAUGGCAUUAUCUCAUAAUACACAGGCUUGCUGGAGGAGCAGAGUACUCUAGGCAAGAGAGGAAAGGGAAAAUUUCUAUAGUUUUUAUUUCUUUUUACAUAGUGCAAUGAAAUGUAUGUUCCCCAAUUUAAACUCUGUGCUAACACAACAUUCCUUUAAGCUGUAUUUUCUUUUUUUACCACCAGAGGUUUGUGAGGGUCUCACGAGUCUGCUUUGUCUAAGGUCUAGUAUGGUUACUUAAGAAAACAAUUGUGUUAGUAGAUUUCCAUAGCUGCUUUUGAAAAACUACAAUGGAGUAAUUGUUUUAAAACUUGUAUUUAUUUUUUAACUCAUAAGAAAAUGUUUAUUUUCAGUUUUCUGUUACAUUGAUCAUGGCAACUCCCUUCUUUCCCUCCCCAGUGUCCACAGUAAUUGCCAAUACAAAUUAUUUUUCUCGCUUAUUUCCCUCCCCUUUACUUUUUUUUACCCCUUCCUGCUCUAGUCCCGUCAUUUGUACUUUGGAGUCUUUUCUCAUGUAAAUUUGUACAAUGGGAAAUAUUGUCCAGUUUGGUUAGAGAGCAUGGAGACUUAAAGAAAACAUAUUAAAAAAUUUGAUAGCUGAAAUUCAGAUUGAAGAAAACUAUUUCUGUGUAAAGUUAUUUAAAAAAAACCUCUGUAUUAUAUAAAAAGGCAAAAAGUUCUAUGUACUUGAUGUGAAUAUGAGAAUACUGCUAUAAUAAAGAUUGACUGCAUGGA